ACAAUUAUUGUUGAGAAAACAUAUCAUCAUCACAAUGGCUAAUAGUUCCCACGAUAUCGAUAAAAUCGCCGAACAAAUAAUCGACUAUUUGGAAAGUAAGUGUUUCGAAAACGAAGAUUCUCACGCUAUAGCUGGUUACUGUGCCAGAGUUUUCGAUGGGUACUAUUGCUGGAAAGAAACCAAGCCUGGAACGGUGGUGAGUCAACCUUGUAGCAAUCAACAUUUGAUUUCUAUUAAUAAGGUUGGUUUGGCGACAAAAUUUUGUACAGAAAACGGUACCUGGUUCAUCAGUCCAAAAACCCACCAACGCUGGACGAAUCUAACUCAAUGCGGCCAAAUCAAUAUAAUCGAUCAGGAAGCUACUGCCCUGGCCAACCAAACCGUCCAAAUCUACGACAAAUGGUUUCCGUUUAUCAAAGACGCUUCGUUUAUGGGUUACGGAUUGUCUUUUGUGUCUCUAGUCGUUGCUCUAGUCAUAUUUAUCUCGUUGAAAAGACUGCACUGUGAAAGAAAUAAACUACACAUAAACUUAUUUAUCUCGUACAUAUUAAGGGCUUUUAUGUAUAUUUUAAAAAAUGCACUGUUUUUAAAUGGACUGACUAUGUUUAAUGAUGUUAGUCAAGUAAAUGGACAAACCAAGUUGGAUUAUUCUUGGAUGUGUAAAGUAUUCAUAAGCACUCAAAACUACAUUAUCCUAUCAAAUUUUAUAUUGAUGUUAAUGGAAGGACUGUAUCUGCAUAAUCUCAUAUUUUUGAAUUUAUUCUCUGAAAGCCAUGGCACAACUGUUUAUUGUUUAUUCGGAUGGGUGACUCCAAUACUUUUUAUAAUCCCUUGGAUAAUAUUGAAGAUAAUUUUCGAGGACACCUUAUGUUGGAACAAUAAGGACAACUACUAUAUUGGUCUAUUUUUGAAUGUACCUAUCGGAGUCACGGUUAUUGUGAAUUUUAUUUUAUUUAUAAUAAUUGUUCGAGUACUUGUACUGAAAAUGCACUUCACCGCCACAUUUAUUCAAGAGAAAAAAAUUAAAUACCGGAAACUAUUAAAAUCUACCCUAAUCCUGAUCCCUUUGUACGGCAUUCCAUAUACUGUCUCAUUGGUUUUGAGUUUCAACGUGCACCACAGUCAAAUUUUGGAAAUCAUUUGGCUAUUUUUCGAUCAAACCUUCACUUCGUUCCAGGGUCUAUUCGCCGCUCUAGUCUAUUGUCUUAUCAAUAGCGACGUGAGAAAUGAAGUUUUACGCAAAUACAGUUCGCUUAUAGACCAAACUGAUAAAGAAUUCCGAAGGAGCAGAACGAUUUCGAGCCAAACUCAAAAUAUUUCACUCCAAAACAAUGAUGAUGCUUUGGAGAACUUGAAUUUAUUUGGGAUUGUUGAUAAUGAAACUUUGAAAAACGGAGUACAUUUGAGUACUACAACAUGAAUAAUAUACUUAUUUGUUUGUAUGGAAAAUCUACCUAUACUGAUUUUUCAAUGAUUGACAUAUUAUGUAGCUGAAACUUAUGAGAAAGUAUCACUUUCAACACAAUGUUGUUUUUUGUAAUAUCACACAAUUUUUGAAUUGAAUAAAAGUGU